AUGGGGAAAAUGACGAUGCCGCUGUCAUUCAAAAGCACAGGGGCUGCUGAAAUGCGCGAUGCAAUCGAUUCGAUCACCGCACCUGGUUCCGUAAACGUCAGUGUAAGCGAGUGCGGUAACCAUGGCAAGGCAUGGCGUGUUACCUUCGCAGCAAUUCGAGACGAGGACCAAGAUGCUAUCAUCGUUCAGCACUCGCGUCUUACAGGCCAGAGCGCAUCGAUAAGCGUAUACCCCACAAUAUCAGUGUUCACCAGAGCCAAGCGAAAGGAUAUCACUGGCACCUUUCGGAUCUCAGUUAGUGGAGAAACGACUGAACCAAUCGGCUUUACUGCAACACAUAUGAAAGUCGUCCAAGAGCUUCAGAAACUUCCCGUCGUAAAUUCCGUGAUGGUGAUUGGUGAUAAAGUGUCCCAGGAUCUUGGUGUCUAUGCUUUGGAACUAACUGCUGAUGCAACGGGAGGCAGUAAGGUGCUGACGAAUAUUCGACUGGAUGGCACGCCAAUUGAUCCUACUCUCUUUAUGGCUAUUGGCGAAAUUCUUGUGAUUGGAACGAGCCCCGCCAACUCCAUUCGGUCAAUGUCUCCACAUGACGUCACGUUGGCAUAUCCGUUUCCUGGGGCAAGCGGAUUGCUGAACUACAAAGUAUCUGCAGGAUCGAUUACGAAGCAGACGACUUUUUUGCCGGGAUUUGUUGGCAUCUCACAUUUGAUGCAAGUUAUUGCUGUUGCAAAGGCGUCUAAUGUGUUUCAGCUACCUGUAGACCAUCAAUUUACUGUAAAUAGUGUCUUUUACAUUGGUGACACGAAGUUUACAGCCACAGCAGUGUCCGGCGCAAUUGUAACAACAGAUAUUUCAUAUACAGGCGAAUCAGUGGCUGCUGCAAGCCCAAAAGUAUACAUCUUUGACAAUAAAAUUAAAACGACAGAAGACUUAAGAAAUUUGGUAAGACCAGGUGAUGACCUGUGGCUUCCAUCUUUAUCCGCCAAAAUGAACAACUUUAAAGUUUAUGAAGUCAACGCCAAAUAUUUGCAAGUUAUUGGUAGCUUCACAGAGAGUAUCGCAAGAACACGCGUGUAUCAUGUAGGUAAUGGACUCAUUUGGAACCUUGUCUUUCGCUCAUAUGACGGGAAUCUCGAAACUCUGGAUGCUAUACCGGAAAGUGAUUGGCGAGGUACUGACGCUCGGAUCGGAACGAGGGGCUCUAAAGCAGCAAUUCCAAAUGUGAUAAACAUUGGAAAUCCUGCAUCCACGCAAACAAUUAGAUUAAAUGUCCAUGACAUUUCAAUUGCCACAACGUAUACAAUGAGCUUCGCUGGUGAAACAAUCUUAGAUGCUGGCACGUUAAGCGCAAGAUCUAUACCGUGGGCGACUUCAAACGAUGACAUGAAGCAGGCGCUCGAAAGCCUUGACAGCGUAGACGGCGUGAGUGUCAUGUCAGUACUACAUGGUGGUACUGUCGUCCAUACCGUUUCGUUUUGGGGAACGUAUCCAAUGAAGAAAUUGCCUUUACUAGUGGUCACACCUGCCUCAGCCAACUUAAAAGCGUAUGUUCACAGUAAAAGUGCAGUUUCAGUGACCAAACAAGAUAAUUUGAUCCUCGAAUGUAAGCAAGCAUACUCAUUCCGGGUCUUUGCGCUUAAUUCGAAAGGAAUUAGUGACGCAAUGCCAGCUCUUAACGUUCAGACUUCGACAAGUACCGUAGUCCCUUCCCCACCUAGAGGUGUAGCGCUCGGCGAGUUCCACGGCUCUACGUGGUUGUCGCUAAAUUAUUUGGCUCCAUUAAUUCCAGGAGAUGCGAAAGUGACCAUGUACCGGAUUGAAUGGGAUUCAAAGCCAGAAUUUGACAGCUCCAGUCCUGACUAUGGUGUAGCCAUCAUACAAGAAAAAAAUGAGGUUCAACAAGUCACAAGCAGCUAUCGCAGCUCUGUAGGUAUCGGUGGUGUAUUCACGCUGUCCUUAGGAGGACAGAGGACUAGUGCGCUGCCGUUUGACUGCAGCGUUGAAGACAUGGCGGACGCCCUCGCUGGUCUCACGGGCACUUCAAACGCCGCAUCGAAUCUGGUUGAAGUCACACGAGUGCGUGCAGCAUGGGGGUUCGCAUGGAAAAUUACGUUUCUUUACAAUUGCGGUGACUUAGCACUUCUUGUUGCCGAUAGCGCUCAACUCACUGGAGAUUUUCCUCAACUUCGCGUCACUGAGCUUGUCCAGGGCUUUAAAGAUCUCGCUAUUGGUGAUUUUACUCACGAAGUCCAAGAAGUGGCAAGUGAAGGUGUUUCUCCAAUAUCUGGUUCAUUCUCUUUGAACUUUAAUGGUCAAAUGUCAGCAUCGAUUGACGUUGGGGCAUCUGCAUUGACGAUGCAAGCUGCAUUGCAAGCGACAAGUGCAAUGUACUCUAUUAAAGUGACGAAAACUGUACGAGAUGCGGCCGUGAAUACUGCAGUUUGGUCCGUCACAUUUGCUUACCUUCGAGGCGAAAAGAUGAUAGGAGCUGGUAAUAUCUUUAUGAUGACAGUCGCAGAGUCUCACCUUACCGGAACGGGUGCGUUUGUGUAUGUCGCGAAUAAAGUCACGGGCUCUGAUUCAUUCCGUUUCGCGCUCACUGACCUCCGACCCGGUGUGCGGUACUUUGCGCAUGUGAUGGCUUACAACGCUGAUGGGUUUGGCUCUGCAACGUCACCACUCGCUACCGCAAUCACAUGUUCGCAACCGCGGCCUCCGCUAUCCGUGAUUGCUAGUGUACUGAAUGAAUCGACCUUGACUGUGAGUUGGGGUGCAAAUACCGCGGAGUCAACAUUGUGUAAGGUAGACAGGUACAAAGUUGAUUGGUACCGUGCAGAAGGAAUACAAGAACAGCAAAUGAUUACGACUUCGGCUGCUAAAGGACUACCCGAAAUUCAACGGCUCGUUAGCUUUGUAGAGUCCCGCACUAUAGCGGGGUACUUCAAGCUAGCAUUUGGUGGAGAAGUUACGCAAAAUAUUCGAUGGAAUGCUGAUGGUAAUGGUUUUAACUCGGUGAAGGAGUCCCUUGAACGCUUGACAACCGUCGGAAUUGUGGAUGUAUCAAGGACUGAAUCAACUCGAGCUGUUGGCGGUUUGCUUGUGACAGUGACAUCCACGACAGUCACGGUUCAUGCAACGUCUCGUUCUACACUGUUUGCUUCGAAGUUAGCUCAAGGAGAUGCGAUUUGGAUCGCUGGGAACAAACGAACAAUCACCUCUGCUGUAGGGUUUGCAGAUACUACUUUGGUUAUCGACACCGCUCUUGAAGUUACAGUUCCUGUACCAGUUUUUGAAAGUGCUCACGGGUUCGAAUGGAAAAUCACUUUCUUGGCGGGCCAUAUCGGCCCUCAAGAGCUCAUUCAAGUAUUUCCAAGUGACAACUGGACAGGAAACAAUCCUGGUAUUAUUGUCGAUUCGAUACAAAAGGGACUUCAGCCGAUAAGUGGGACAUUUAAGAUCGCAUUCACCUCAGGUGAAGAGUCGGACAGCACACCACCACUACCUCAUAAUAUUUCGGAUAUUGAUUUGCAGACUGCACUGGAAAAUCUGGUAACCAUUGAAGCAGUGAAUGUCACCAGAUUUUUAAAUGGUAACGGAUACAAUUGGAUUGUCACGUUUUUAUCGGAAGUUAAAAAUGAGUUGUCUUUGUUGAGUGUUGAUGGAACGGCGCUUCAAGGCCCCGGUGCGCGUGUAGUAUCAGCAAGAAUCUUGAGCGGUACUCAGCCAAGGUUAUACUGCGAACAGGACGGCAUAGCAGGUUCUGCUGCUGAAGUUCGUGCACCGGGACUUAGCUAUGUGAUUAGGAGAUUACAAACUGGUAUAAAGUAUGCCAUUCGUGUUCGUGCGCACAACUGUGAAGGGUACGGAUCUGCGGCAAGUAUUGAUUCUGGAUUUGAGACUCCACGAUCAAGACCUGAUGCGCCACAAAAUACUAGAUUAAUGAUACUUUCCAGCAAGUACCUUAAGCUGCAAUGGAAGGCUCCGUCUAGUGAUGGCGGGGCAAUUGUCCUUGGCUAUCGGCUUCAAUGGGACACCGCUAGCACUUUUUCAAAUGUAUAUACUCCUAAUUAUGACUAUCAGACGGUAGUGCUCGUCAAUUCUUCAGAUACGGGUCCAUUCUUUUUCAAUAUAUUUACGCCGGUACUUGCAACUUAUUACGUGCGGAUCCUUGCUUUCAAUGACCAAGGCGACGGCCCGCACGCUAUUUUUGCUCCGAAUAAUGCGAGACCAGUCGAUCGAAAUCCUGGUCAACCAGAAGACGCAAAGGCAACAGUUCUUUCAAGCUACGCCAUUCUGGUGGAAUGGAAUGCAUCUUCGAUCGACAAGUAUGAUUAUGGAGGAAACGGUGGACUUCCCAUAACACAAUACAUGAUUGAGUGGGAUCUCUCUUCUACGUUUAACUCACCAGCUGCAUUUGACUUGGUUGAUGGAGCAAAGCGCUCCUUUAUUAUCGGAGGUGAUGACGCCAUAACUGGAGUCAGAUCCGAUUUGUUAGUUGCUGGCUCGAACUACAGCAUUCGUGUCACUGCAUUUAACGCUAAAGGCUCGAGUGCUCCUCGUCUCACCCUUCCGCCCUCUGUUGUUGUAGCAGAUCAAGCCCCUAGCGCGCCACAAAAUCUGACCCUGAGUGUGGUGUCAGCGACAGCUGUAAGAGCGGCGUGGACGAGUCCUGUAUUCUAUGGCGGCUCAAGUCCAAAGUCAUAUGAGCUCGAAUGGGGUGAAAAGGCGAAUUUCGCCGAAGGUUAUACAUCAAGCACCACGAUUCCUAUUGUUCGUGAGAUGCAGACAGUGCUUUUACAAAGUCAAGUCGUUCAUGAAGAGCAAUUUAUCGAUGCCACGGUUGAAGUCGUAAAUGAGCAGCAACAAGUGCGAAGCUCUUACUCCGGAAAAGACGAAAUUCAACUGAUUAAAACAACAAGCGACCCCGUACGGGACGAAGUUCAAAAAGUUGUCACCUCAGCCACGGAUAUAGAUGAAAUUCAGGAGCUGCACGUAGAUGACGAUGAUAUUGAUGAGAUUCAAGCGAUUCGGACGUCAGUUGCUGAAGCAUCCGAAGUUCAGGAGGUGAAAAUUGGUGUGGAACGGGUCAAUGAAGUGCAAAGAAUUCAACUGUUUUUUACAGGUGGAGUCGGCAAUGUGGCAGCUAUUGGCGGGUCGUUCUACCUAAAGUUUGACACUACUGUUUGUACAUAUUGUGAUGUGACUCAAAGGCACCGAGCAGACACAAUGGAUCUUAUAAUUUCAUCGCUACAAGAAGUAAACGAUCUGACGGCAGCAACAGUAGUCAAAACGCAGUUACAGGCUUUGGAUAAUAUUGAUGCAGUCGAUGUGAGUCGCACGAGUUUGUAUUCGGGAGCUGGAAUUUCAGGAGAUGAUCUCACUUACAUCUACUUGAUCACUUUUACUGGUAAUAUGGUCGGUGGAAACGUUCCAUUAAUUGAUUUUGGUGGCUCCCUCACAUAUAAUGGCUAUGCGAUCACGCCAGUCUUUGCCGAAGAAACCAAAGGAAAUGAGCCUAAGUACGACCUGACGGCCAACUCGGUCUUCUCACUUACCUAUACCUGCGAAUCAUACUCGAAUCCGACUGCUGCCUCAACUUUUAGUGCUGAGUGCACGCCAUCUGUCAAAUUAUGCGAUUACUGUGUCACAUCAUUUGAUGGAGUCAAAUUUACAGUAUCUGCCGAUGUUAGUGGUGCCAUUACAAGAGGUACAAAGUUGAUGGCUGGCGUUUGCUCCUUCGAGGUGGACGCGAAAGUAGUGACCUCAGGAAUCACGACGAUUGACAUUGCUUAUGAUGACCCGGGUGCCUUGUGUACAAAGUUCACGGGCAGAUCGUUUGCGCUUUAUAAAACACCGCAGAUCAAGGUGCUGCGUAUUCCGGUAAAGACUUCAUCAACAAUGGCCGUUGGGGCUAGCGAGGUUCAGAGCGCAUUGAAUGUACCUGGUCUACUAAAUGCAAUGACAGUUGGACGAAACUUACUAGUCACAUCAACUUUUGUUGGAGCUAUUUACUCAGUCAUCUUCACGACAAGAACGGGAAAGAUACCGCUCUUAGAGUGCGACGAAACUGAAAUCACUCCAACUCAGCCUAAUACCGCUGUAGAAUGUUCCGUCACACGAUCGAGUGUCGGAAGCAUGCUCAGCGGUACAUUCAAACUUGGUUUAAUUAGUCAGGCUGACACUGAUCCCGCCGAUGUUAACGCCCCGUAUUCUCCCACUGCAUUUACUUCAGCGAUUCCUUGGGAUGCUACCGAGAUUGAGAUGAAAUCCGCACUAGAAGCAGUGGACACACAAAUCGGCAAGUUACUUUUUGGCAAUGUGGAUGUCAAGAGGACUCUGUACCAUUCCACAAUCGCAAAAUGGUCCGGAGGAUUUACGUGGCAAAUAACAUUUACGAGUCGCGGAUGGGAUAUUCCAACGAUAGUAGUCGAUCAAUCGGGGCUCACGACCUCAAGAAGUAACAUCCCAGCAGCUCAGAUUAUCGUUGGUGAUGGCACACAUUCACUAUCAAGUCCGAGUGUCUUGUGCAGAGAUGGGAAUCAAGUAGGUGGUAAUUUGAUCUUCACGUUUGGCUCUGCAUUAGCUCAAACGUGUACGAUUGGGAUGGAUACAUCCCUGAAUUCAUUGGAUACUAGUGUAACUGAUGCCAAACUUCAAGAUUUCUUCAGAAAUAGCCUUAAUGUUCCAUCUGUUAGUAUAACCCGAUCAGCAGCGUCACAAGCGCGUGGUUUCAGCUGGACGAUCACUUUUAUCGACGACAGUACGCCAGGUGAUCUCCCGGUUCUUGAAUUCACAGCAGCUCUCACUUCCAAUACUGGCAGCAAUAACAGACGCGCUAGUAUCAUCGAGAUUCGAAAGGGUAACGAACUUGGGGGAGCUUUUCAAUUACAAUUUAAUGGCGAAGUGACCGGCCCUAUUCCUGCUGGAGCAGACGAAUCGGCAGUUCAAGCUCAGUUGAAUAGUUUACGAACCAUAAAGCCCAGUAGUGUAAUUGUGACUCGGACGUUGUCCAGUCCGCAGGUUAAAGGGUAUACUUGGUUAAUUACCUUUCAUUCGUCCGUAUGGGCGGAUCCGACCAUGGAUCAUUCUGCAGGUAUAAUUGGAAACUGGAAGGGUCCUGCAACUGCGUGGGAUGACGUGUGGGAAUCUGGAUAUUCAAAAGCUUGGGGUCGUCACGUUGGCCAUACUUUUCUCGUUACAUGUGAUAAAAGUAGUCUCGUGACGUCUACGAACGACAACUCGCAUGCAUGCAUUACGGACGUGGUUACAGUAGGAAUUGGCCCAAUAGGAGGCACGUUUGCCGUGACUUUCGACUCAAGUCAAUCACCUCAUUUGGCUGUAAGAUCUGUCGAGAUAAGUGACCCAAUUGCGCAUAAUGCGUUUGCGUCGAAAGAGGAAAGUGGCAAUACGGGGACAUCAGUUGAAGAACUACUUGAAAAAAUGGCAAAUAUAGGGGAUGUGCAAGUCUCACGGGGUGUUGUAGAUCGAAGUACGGGAGGUUACCAAUGGACAGUAACCUUUUUGAGAGACACAAGCGACAUCUCCCAUCCUUGCGAGGAGCUUGAAAUUCUGCCCGAUGGAUCGAAAAAAUGCAACUCGCCUGGAAAUGUGCCACUCAUGACUACAAUAGAUGCACAUCUGAAAGGAUCGAUAAAUACCCAUGCAACUGUGAUGACUAUCCAAGAUGGAGCCAUUUUACGAGGCGAUUUUACAGAUUUAAAAGUACUGGGCGAUGCUGGUGUCGAUGAACGAUAUACUGUAAGUAUCGGUUGUACAAAUUCAAUUGCGUCAAGUUUGCCUUGCUCUGUGACUUCGUUUGCGAUCGUGUCUGGAGGAAGUACCUUACGAGCUAGCAUCGAAGCAAAUGACCGAUUUAUUGUGGACGGAAUCACAAGUUGUAUCUUUACCGUCGUUGGUGUUGAUUCUGCUGUUACACCUCCCACAAAGAUUGAUGUCAAGCCGCUUGACUGUGCUGCUCUCAACACUGAUAACACGGCAAGUCCAUUAGGAAUGUCUAUCCUUAUUCCUUGGAAUGGCGACAGCAGUUUGGUCAAGCGUGUGCUAGAGGCGGCAUCGACUAUAGUAGGGCGCAAGGUCAGCGUUAGCAAGACUGUACUUGGAAAAUACGGCGAAAUGUCAUGGCUUGUGCGAUUUAUUUCCAACCCUUCGUACACUCCGUUGGGCGCUGGCAACAUACCGACAAUUUCUGCUACUUUUCAAGCUGAGACGACGGUAUCCAGUAGCCCUAUCAGCGUGAUUGAGCUCAUGCCUGGUUCGAAUGGAUUAAGUGGCUCAUUUUUUCUGGACUUCUUUUCAUCUUUAGGGCGUCGAGAAGUCAUGUUUGAUGAAGAUGCGAUUCGUUUGGAGCGAAAAAUCAAUGAAAUGGAUACGAUUGGUAGAGUGUCCGUCGAGCGAUUUGAAUAUCCCUCAGCGGCCACGGGAUGCUUGGACUCACAAUGCUCUGGUGGCUGGGAAGACCAGCCGGUGACUAACCCAGGAACGCGCGGAGGAUAUCGCUGGCGAAUUCGAUUUCUGCGAGUGGCUGGAGAGUACGAGGGAGUGGCGUUUCCACCGGGCAGUGGCAACCUAAACGAGUUCUCAGCAACUUUCCUGGCAUCUCUUCAUGGAAAUAACUGCUUCGUAUCGGUAUACACUGAAACAGCAGGCUCAGCUCCGAUUUUAGGAACCUUUAAGCUUACUACUCCUCAAGCUCAAACCCCCUCACUACUCUACUCAUCGACAGCUGAAGCAAUGAAGCAAGGCAUUGAAGGUAUGGGUCUGUUUGGUGAAGUGGAUGUCACAUAUGGGUAUCUGUCAACGCAAAAGAUACCAGGCGUGACUGCCCAGCUCGCGCGAGAUUCGCUUACCGCUACCAUCAGUGGCAUGGAUGACAUUCGUCAGAUUGUUGCUCCGACUGACAUUAUUCGCUUCGGAUCUACAAAUGAUGUUCUUUUGGGUUCCAACGGAGAUACUCCAUUUGCAUCAUCCCGUGGAACGUCGCUUGUGACUGUCAAUGCUCUUUCUCCAGUUGUCGUCGCAGUAGAAGUCUCUUCUACACAGAACCUUUACCCCGGCAUGCAGCUCCGAAUAGAUGGUCUUUCAUAUAUAGUUCAGCGUUCAGGACACGAAAUCCAGGCAAUAUCCGUAGCAAUCCCGAAAAAUGCCAAUCCAAAUACCAAAUUUUAUGCUCUCAAGCUUUCUAGAGCUGGGGUAGUCUACGGUCCAACAGUGUGCUUUUCAUUAAGUGCAUCAGAUGCCGACCUUCAAUCCUCGUUGCUACAAUUAGUCCGUGAAAUUGAUAGACAUACACCAUCAAGCGCUAUAAUUGUGUCUCGCUCGACGCCUGUAAUCACUGCGACGACCACGGAAUACGUCUACACCGUAUACUUCUUUGGGGAUGCAGUGGCUGGAAAUGUUGCAACAUUACAAACUACUUCGGGUACUUGUACUGGGAUCACCGGUGCGUCGGCUUCAGUCAGUGUUAUCACUCAUGGAGGAAAUUUACCUCACCAGCGUCUGUCUCUAGCUACUAACUUGGGCCAAGUUUUUGAUACUAGUGGCUACUACACGAUGUCGCUUGAUAGUGCAGGGACUGAAUGCAUACGUUGGGGUGCCACUGAGCGAGAGUUAAAGGAUGCACUUGAAAAUACGCUUAAUACUGGUAAAGUCAUUGUUACGAGGCGUGGAGGAGGUAAAUCAACGACAGAGAUCCAGCGUCUUCGUAUGACAGCAAACUUGGAAGUUACGGAGAGUAGGGGGCUAUUUCAGCUGCAGUUAACGUUAGACGGAAAGACCUCUUCUACCGAUUGUAUUGAUUAUGGAAUAUCUGCGAUGGAUCUGCAAAUCGAGCUAAACAAACUGAGUAACUUAAAUAUUAUCGUCGACCAUAUCAAUGUUACACGAGAGGGCGAUGGUUCGUCGGUCUGGGGCUAUGGUUUUGAGUAUUUUAUCCACUUUCGAGGACCCAAAUCUGGUGGAUACAGUCCAGUUAUUGGCGACGUGCCAUUGUUGAAGAUUGCCAAUGUUGGACAGAACAUGUGCUCGUCGAUCGGUGCUGGUGUCCAUCCUAUUCUAACAAUCGAGACAGUGCGAGAAGGCACUCCAGCAUACACCUACGAUAUUUAUUUUUUGGACUAUACAAAAUCGGCGUCAGUACCAACGAUAGGGUUAAACCAUGAAGGUCAAGGGAGUGCAUGUCUAACGGGCUGGUAUCAUAGUGGUGGCAGCGUCCGUCGCGCAUCAAUAAUUUCAAUAGAACGUGGUGGCAGUAGCGAGGUUCAGGUUCUGAUUAUUUCCAGCGAAAUUGCUGCGAGUAGAUUCCUACUCGAUUUUGCUGGACAAACAACGACUUGCUUUCAUUUCGAUGCGAGUGCACUAGAAAUCGAAAAUGCGCUGAAUGCAUUGACCACAGUUGAAGCAGGAGGUGUUUCGGUAUCUAGGGAUAUUGACUUUUCAUUGGUACCCAAAGGCUACGUUUAUCGAAUUACCUUUGUUGGGGAUCUAGUCUCGGGAAACGCUCCGUUGCUUAUUGUUAAAGAAGCCACUAAUGCCUGUCUUAAUGCACAGGCAACGACAAAAGCAGCGAUUAAGCUUGAUACUGAGGGUGGGCAGAACUCGGGAGCAUUUGCACUUACAACAUACUACGAUGGCGAAGCCCCUCAGGUACCACACGUCGCUUAUAGCAUUUCGCAGCAAUUUAGCGUUUUGAGCGAGCAAUUUGAAGUUCAGCAACUGGUGAUCUUUAAUGCAGCCAACGAUAUCGGAGCAAGUGCGACGUAUAAACUCACAUUUAGAGAACAGACAACCACAGUUAUUCCAUGGGACGCUUCCGAUAUUGCAGUCGAAAUAGCACUGACAGUCGCUGGCGUCGAUAGAGGGGAUAUAACAGUGACUCGUCGGCCAGAUUCUGCUGACGGGUUUGUGUAUACUAUUUACUUUAGUGGACUAUCAGUGACUGGGGACCUGUCUGCGCUUGUACCGGUGAGUCUAAACAACUUUAACACGGGCCAAGUAUUGGUGUCAACUAUACGAGAUGGUCGCGAUACGGCAGCAACAUUUACUAGUGACACCAUACCGUUGGCGCAAGUCAACGCCCCAAAUUUAGCAUCGCGGUGUCUGGCGGGUGGGAUGAAUCUCGAUGUCUACAAAGUAAACGGAUUUAUCUGGACAAUCAAAUUCAAGUCAUCUCUCGGGAACAUAUCAAAACUGGGCAUUCAAAGCAGUGCAUUGAGCGCUGACAUGCUAACUGUUACUGAUGACUUUGUACCUGGAUCUGCGUCGAACUCGUGCAUAAUAUCAAACCUUCUCGCUGGUGUCAACUAUUUUUUCCACGUGGCAGCGACAACAGACAUUGGUACUGGUCCCUACUCACCCACUCGCUCCAUAGCACCAAGUGAUGCGGCUUCUGCAGUCCAGAAUAUCGAAGCAGGAUACGCUAUGUUCGAGCGUGAAGUUCAAGAGAUUCGUCUUGCGGCAUCUCAUGUAUCUGAGGUGCAGGAAAUCACAUCGGUAGCGGCCAGUAUUGCCGAAGUUCAGACGUUGCAAACGUAUGUCUCUCCGUCUUUAUGUCCAAUUGGUCCGUGCAUCACAGGAUCAUUUGCUUUUCGUAUCCCUACGGUACAGACCGUCACCAUUUUUGCUCAAGGUCCUAUCACAUCCGGAACGUUUGCGUUAUUUUUCGUUAGAGAAGUGGAAGAUCCACUAAAUUUGGGCUCAUUUAAGUCUGUUGGCGCGAAAACUAGUGCAAUAUCGUGGCAUGCAGAUGCUAGUACCAUUGAAAAUGCAUUGAUCACCGUGACAAACGGUGCUUUAACGACGAAUGAUAUUGUGGUCACGCGCGAUGGAGACGCGUCGAAGGCAUUUAAUUAUGGCUACUCGUAUCAAAUCACAUUUGUUGGCUCUAAUGUGGCGGGGGAAACGUGGCAGAUGGAAUGUUUAGACGCAAGUUUUGUAACUAUCGGCAGUGUGCCGUUCAGCUGUGAAGUGGCGAUGAAACAUGACAUUGCGAUGGGAACAGAUACGGCAGUGCAGCAAGUGAUUGUAAAAGCGAAAAAAACUCUUGUCGCAGGAUCAUACAGUCUUCAGUUUAAUCAUCUCGGAGCAAUAAAGACGUCGAGCUGCAUUCCUUUUGACGCUUCAGCUCGUACAAUGGACAACAUCCUUGAAGCAAUGAGUAAUAUUGACCACGUUUACGUGACACGAGAAAUGGACAGCACGAUUGCGCCGAAUGGAUUUGUUUACAAGAUUUUCUUCCACGGCAAUGGCGUAUAUGGCGAUCAAUUGCUUGUAUUGGACUACUUCAAAAAUCUCCAAACAGGCACUAGAUUUCUCGACUUUAGUAUAUACUUUAAUCCAAAGACGCAGCUAAAUUGCUGCGUUGAGCUGUCCAUUUGGUUUUGA